UGUUGGCAGAAGCGGAUCUAACUUUUGAAAAGGCUUUGAAAGUAGCUCAAGCAAUGGAAACGGCCAAUAAGGAUGUAAGGGAUUUGCAAGUUAAACGCUCAGAAACAUCCAUGUCCAUGAGAGUGCAUAAAACAUCAGUGAAGCAAGAAGAAAGUCAAGGCAGAGCAUGUUAUAGAUGUGGAAGUUUGCAACAUUUGGCCAAUGAGUGUAGAUUUGUUUCUGAGAAAUGUCACCAAUGUGGGAAACAAGGGCACAUAAUGAAAGUCUGCAAAUCAAAAAGUUCCAGCAGAGACACAAACUUUCAAGGGGGAGAAAGACGUAAGAGAGCUGUGACAAGAGGAGGACAGAGAUCGUAUUAUGUGGGCAGAGAAGAAAAAAGUGCAUCUGAUGAAGAGGGUAUUUUUACAGUUCACAGUUUCAAAGAAACCGAGAUUCCGAAGGUUGCUCCACUGACUAUUACAUUGGCGGUUAACGAGUCAAACAUACCUUUCGAAGUGGAUACCGGUUGUGGUGUGACUGUGAUGAAUGGGUCCAAUUUUUCCAAAUUAUGGACAAAGCAUAAAAUUCCAGAAUUAAAGACCUGUUCUUUGAAGUUGAAAACCUAUACUGGUCAAACCUUAGCAGUGUUGGGUUCUGCGCAGGUGGAAGUUAGACACAAAGGAGUCUUGAAGAAGUUACCAGUAGUGGUAGUACCUGGAACAGGACCCAAUCUAUUGGGUAGAGGAUGGAUUAAAGAAUUUGGCAUGGAAUGGGAAGCCAUACAUAAGAUUCAAGGGAUGGAAAAUAUAACCUUGACUGAAGUGCUUAGCCAACAUUCAGAGUUGUUUAAAGAGGAAUUGGGUGAAUUGAGAGGUCCACCGGCCAAAAUUUAUGUGGACAAGGAAGCGGUCCCCAGAUUUUUCAAAGCCAGACCCGUUCCUUAUGCUAUGAAGACAAAGGUAGAAGCUGAAAUAGAACACCUGUUGAAAGAAAAAAUCAUAGAACCGGUUAAACACUCUGAAUGGGCUGCCCCUGUAGUGCCGGUUUUAAAAUCGGAUAACACUGUGCGACUAUGUGGUGACUAUAAGCUAACAGUGAAUAGAGUUUCAAAGUUGGAACAAUAUCCCAUUCCUCGAAUAGACGAUUUGUUUGCAACAUUGUCAGGUGGGCAAAAGUUUACCAACCUGGAUAUGAGCCAUGCUUACCACCAGAUUGCCUUAGAUGCAGAGUCCAAGAAAUAUGUCACAGUGAAUACCCACAAGGGCCUAUUUACUUACCGUGUUUUACCCUUUGGAGUUUCUUCUAGUCCUGCCAUCUUCCAGAGGACCAUUGAGGGUGUACUGCAAGGUAUUCCGUAUGUGGCGGUUUUCCUGGACGACAUCCUGGUGACUGGUCGUAAUGAUGAGGAGCAUCUCCAAACACUCGCAAGGGUAUUGAGAAGAUUGCAGGAAGCAGGACUGCGAUUGAAACGGAGCAAAUGUUCCUUCAUGGAGAAAGAGGUAACAUUUUUGGGCCAUAAAGUAGAUGAGACUGGCCUCCAUCCAGUACCAGAAAAGGUAACUGCCCUUCAGAAUGCUCCCGCACCAAAGAAUGUGACAGAGUUAAAGGCCUAUUUGGGACUGUUAAAUUACUAUAAUAAGUUCUUACCCAACUUGUCUACCAUUUUAGCCCCUGUGCACAAACUGCUGCGAAAAGAUGAAAAAUGGAACUGGGAGGGGGAACAAGAAGCUGCUUUUGCUCAGUCCAAGGAAAUGAUCAACUCAGUUCAAGUUCUGGUUCAUUAUGACCCCCAGAAGGAUGUGAUUUUAUCCUGUGAUGCUUCUCCUUAUGGCCUAGGUGCAGUUCUUUCACAUAAGAUGCCAGAUGGUAGUGAGAGACCCAUUGGAUUUAUGUCAAGGACUUUGAAUCAGGCUGAGCGGAAUUAUUCACAGUUGGACAAGGAAGGGUUGGCCAUUAUGUUCGGUUUGCAGCGCUUCCACAAGUAUUUGUAUGGUCGGAAGUUUACCAUCGUUACGGACCAUAAGCCCUUGUUGUCCUUAUUUAAUGAAUUAAAAGCUGUUCCCCAAAUGUCAUCUCCUAGGAUCCAGCGAUGGGCUGUGACACUGAGAGCCUAUGAGUACAACAUCAUCUACAAGCCAGGUAAAGAUCAUGGAAAUGCAGAUGCUUUAAGUCGGUUACCAUUGUCAACAGAACCAGACAUGGAACAGGAGGAAAGAGUUCUGAUGCUGGAGAAUGCAGACAUAACCUUGAUAACUGCAGAACAAGUGAGAGGGUGGACGCAGAAAGAUCCGAUAUUAUCCCGAGUGAGAGAAAUGGUGCAACAUGGUGGGCAUGAGUUAAUUGGAACAGAGUUUGAUCCUUUUACAUCAAGAAAAGAUGAAUUAAGUGUACAGGAUGGUUGUGUGCUCUGGGGGCCCAGAGUCAUCAUUCCCAGUGUGGGUAGAUCAGAAGUCUUGAAACAACUGCAUCAGUGCCAUCCAGGAGUGUGCAGGAUGAAAGCUAUGGCCCGGAGUUAUGUGUGGUGGUCCAAGUUAGAUCAAGAUGUAGAGAGGUUGGUUAAAACUUGUCAUCUGUGCCAAGAGCACAGGAACGUUCCAGCUGUAGCCCCACUGCAUCCGUGGAAUUGGCCAGAGAAACCAUGGCAAAGAUUGCAUGUGGAUUAUGCUGGACCAUUCAUGGGAAAAAUGUUCUUGGUCUUAAUUGAUGCACAUUCGAAAUGGAUGGAUGUGUAUCCCGUGAACUCAGCCACAUCUGCUGCCACCAUUGAAUGUUUGCGUAAAAGUUUCAGUAAUCAGGGACUACCAGAACUUAUUGUAUCAGACAAUGCUACUUGUUUUGUUAGUGCUGAAGUUAAAGAGUUCCUGAACAAAAAUGGAGUACAGCAUGUUACCUCUGCACCUUAUCAUGCUUCGAGUAAUGGGUUAGUGGAGCGGGCCGUACAAAUUAUUAAAGGCAUGUUAAAAAAAUGUGUUGAAGGAUCAAUUGCAACUAAAUUGGCCCGAGUGUUGUUCAGCUAUAGGAUUACUCCCCAGACUACCACCGGUCUCUCUCCCGCUGAAAUGUUACAAGGACGAAAAUUGCGGUGCUCUCUGGACUAG